UCAGGACGGUGACGCACUUCCGGCCUUUGUGGUUUGUCGGUUGUCGGGGUGAUUGGAUGCCGCUACGGGUCUCGAGCGGCCUGAACCCUGGAGCUAGAGUGAGCCUUUUAAAUUCAUCCCAGAAUGGCUUCAACAGAAGAACCAGAUGGCCUUAAGAUUGUGAAGGUGGAGGAUGACACAGUCUGGGACCAAGACCCCUACCUUGGAGAGGACAGCUUUUCUGGCCAGGAGACCUCCCGCCAACUUUUUAGGCACUUUUGUUACCAAGAGACUCCUGGUCCCCGAGAAGCCCUGAGCCGGCUCCGGGAGCUAUGCCACCAGUGGCUGAGGCCCGAGACCCACACCAAGGAGCAGAUCCUGGAACUGCUGGUGCUGGAGCAGUUCCUGACCAUCCUGCCCGAGGAGCUGCAGGCCUGGGUGCGGGAGCAGCAUCCAGAGAGUGGGGAGGAGGCCGUGGCUGUGGUUGAAGAUCUGGAGCGAGAGCUCUGUGAGCCAGAGAACCAGGCCCCAGACCAUAAGCAGAGGCAUUCAGAAGUGCACUCCGAAGAUGUGGUUCACCCGAAGGCCAAGCAGGACUCAACAGCCAUCCAGCUUCAGGCCAUGGUGACACAGCUCAAAUGUGAAUCCUUCGAUCCCCACAAAUUUGGAGAACAAGAUGGUAAAACUGUGUCUGAAAAUCGGGAGUUGGCAUCAAAACAAGAAGUAUUAAAAGAAAUGGAAUAUUUUGGGAAUAGCAGACUCCAAAGAGAUGUUCCUUUGGAUUCGAAGUGCAGAGAAACUUGUAAACCUGAGAGCAGGGUAGAAAAGCCGAGAGGACACCAUCCUGGAGAGAGACGCCAUAGGUGUGGUAAAUGUGGGAAAAGCUUUACUCAAAGUUCAGUUCUUGUUCAGCACCAGAGAACCCACACUGGGGAGAAGCCAUACGAAUGUGAAGAAUGUGGGAAGACCUUCAGCCAGAGGUCAGGCCUGAUUGAACAUCAGCGGAGCCACACUGGAGAGAAGCCCUAUCAGUGUAAGGAGUGUGGGAAAGCCUUCAGUGCCAGCAAUGGCCUCAUUAGACACAGAAGAAUCCACACAGGGGAGAAACCAUAUGAAUGUGAAGAGUGUGGGAAAGCCUUCCGCCUCAGCUCAUACCUUGUUCAGCAUCAGAGGAUUCACACUGGAGAGAAGCGCUAUCGCUGCAAGGAGUGUGGCAAAGCCUUCAGUCAGAAUGCAGGGCUUUUUCAGCACCUUCGAAUCCACACAGGGGCCAAGUCUUAUCCGAAAGUAAACUGGAAUGCAGGGGCUGUUGUUGAGUUUAAUACUGAAUAUUGAACAACUCUCAAAGGCUACAGUCAAACUCUGAAUCAGAAUUUCAAAAGACAGCAUAGUUUCAGAUUGGGCAAGUGCAAAGGUUACUCAGAGGUGAGGUUGGGGUGUUCUUUUGCUUUUCAUUUUUUGCUUUCUGUAGAAGUUAUAGUCUAAACAUACUUAAGAGUUUUGGGAAUAAGAAUCAUUCCCAUUCCCAUAGGAGGUCAUCAUCUUGGUCCUCCUAAGAAUGGGAUGGGUGAUCUCUUUGGUGCUGUCACUGGAAGCGGUGGCAUACUUAGUAACCAAGCCACAUUAUCAAUGGCGUGAAACCUGUAGUCCCCAAUGCUUUAGAAAUCUAUGUCCUCUUUGAUAUCAAACUCCAGGUUCUCAGUGCAGGUCAUUACCAUAUUUAAGAUUUCCAGCUUUGUGAUAAAUAAUGAAGACGAUGCUUUAAAAUCUGUUUUAUUCUGAGCCUUUUCUGUCAUUAUCUGCCACUGCCUUCUGGAGGAGAGCUAGCAGUCUUCCAUGCUACUGCAAGCAGCCUCUGUAAAGAAAAGGUGCCUCCAACCUUGACUGUCGCUGGUUUGGGGAGACCAGCAGGCUGAGGCCACUGGCUUAAGCACACAAGCUCCGGCACCAAACCACCUAGUAUUCAAACCCGCCUCUUUGUGAGCCGUGUGACUUUGGGCAACUUAUUUAAAUUCCCCAUGAUAUAGUCGCCCUAUCAGUAAAAUAGGGGGUAACAAUACCUUUGU